UCAGUCGUCCAUAAACACAUUCGAAUACCCAGUGAUAGACCGUUCAAAUUUAGUCUAAAAAAUAACUCCGAAAAUCGAAAGAAAGCGUAAAAUAUAGUUCUUGAGUUCUGUUUUUGGUACUUUUUCUACGUUUUGGAUACUUUUUUACACAGCUAUCGUUUCACUUAAGGCUGACUGGAUCUCUGGCUAAGUCAAAUAUGUUCGACACCACGUUGGGGACCGUUCUGGGCCUAUUGGCCCAGUUUCUCUACCUGGUAAUAGGCCAGGUGCUGGCACAAGUGGUUCAGCAUCCGCUGCUUACCACAGCUCUGUGCCUGCUGGUGGGCCUUGCAUACCAGGCAGAUCAGGAUUCGCUCAAGGAGGCAUACCAACGGGCGCGUUUGUGGGUACGGAAUCCCCUACGAUUUGGGGGUAAUUAUUGUUCCAGCUCGAAAUGUCCCAGCUCGGGAUAUGGUUAUGACAUGGCGCAUGGCCCACACACCUGGCAGGGACAGCCCGAGCCAUCUAUCGGAUGUGGAGUGGAGAAAAUCCACUAUCAGAGUCCGAUAAACAUUGACGAGAGUCAGAUCCAGCGACUGGCCAUAAGGGAGCUGCUCAACUGGAACCACUAUGACGAUAUACCAGCCAGCAUCCAGCUGGAGAAUACGGGCCAAACCCUGGUGCUCCGUGCCCAGUUCCGCGGUAAUGCCCCAACCAUCAGCGGAGCAGACCUGCUGGCCUGCUACACCUUCGUGGAAGUGCGCUUCCACUGGGGCUGGUGCAACAGCGAAGGAUCCGAGCACACGAUCAACCACCGCAAGUUCCCGCUGGAGAUGCAGGUGAUGCACCGCGCCGGGUCGGGCGUUCCGCGCCCCUGCACCAGCAGCUACGACCUCCUUAUGCUCGGCUAUGUCUUUGAGCUGUCCGCCCACAAUCCAUUCCUAGAUCCGCUCGUGCAGAAUCUGCGCCUGGUCCAGAAGCCAGGGAAGCGUGUGGAAAUCCCGCCCUUUCCGCUCUCCUACUUAAUCUACGCCUUCCGCACCGGCUUCUACUCCUACGGAGGGUCGCUGACCCAUCCUCCAUGCUACCAAGGCACCGAGUGGUUCAUCUUCCCCGAGUCGCUGGCCAUUAGCGACUUUCAGCUGCGCCACUUCCGCUUGCUCCUGGGUCCGGACGGGGUCUCGCCAAUAACUCGCAACUGCCGUCCAGUCCAGCAGGUGGGCAAUCGAGUGGUGAGCCUGAACUGCUUCUGUCCCUACGACGCCACCCAGCUAGCCCGUAUGCAAGUGGAGCUCUGCCAGCAGCAGGCCCAGGAGGAGCGGGAAGAGCGCCUGGAGCGGGAGCAGCUGCAGGAGAUGGAACGGCUUCAGGCGAUCGAGCGCCAAAGGAAGCUGGAGCUUGAAGUGGAGCGGGAACACGAGGCUGCUGCUACCACCGCCAUCGCAUCCGAAGACGAGGGACAGCUACUGGAGACCAUUGAAACAACCACCAUAAUUACCAGCAGCAGCAACACAAGCAUAUGCAUGACCACACUGAUGCGCCAGGACUCCCCCCCGGAGCAGGGGUCGCAUCCAGACAUCACUACCCAAACCACUUGCCAGAGUUCUCUUCGCAACGCCGACAUCGUCAUCUUCAGCGGCAGCAACGCCGGAAAGUGCGGCCUCCAGCUGAACCCUCCCGAGGAGUCCAUGAUCCUGGACAACAGGGCAUUCAGCGUCGGCCAGAAUGGCUGCAAGGGCGAAGCCAUUGGCGGCGUUGGCGAUGGCGUGAACAUUGGGGUCCGUCUGGAGAUGGUUGAAUAGGCUAGCUACGACGAAGCUCACUCCAAUCGUUAUCCUAACUGCAUGCGAAACUGGAAACCUAGAUCAGUAGUCAAGGCCUGACUGGGGGCCCAUCUGCUGCUCGCUCUAUGUGAGCCGGGAACUAAUUGUAUCGCAUGCGUGUGGAUUAAACAAGUUUGCGUUUAUAUUUUCUGAAGCAUAA